AUGCCUGAGGGUGAACAGGCUUGCCCUCAACAGGUGGAUUUGGUGUUACAGCCCCAGUUUGGUGACCAUCAGAAGGGUGGAGAGUUUGGAAUGAUCAUCCUCAGGGAAAGCAAUGACCAGGCAGCUGUUUUGCUAUCCAGCAUUAGCAGUAGCUAUGUGGGCCAUGUCUCCUCAGUGCUGUGUUACAGAAGAUCGGUGGAGAACAUGAUGUUUGGGCUGGAAAUCUGGGAUGCUGCUGAGGAAGACAGUCUUCCCUCCCAUUUUACUUCUUCCAGUAUUGCUGCCUUUUGGGGAGAUAUCGCUUUAGAUGAAGAUGAUCUGAAGCUGUUUCAAAUAGACAGAACUGUUGACUUAACAAAGCACUCAGAUGGAAACGCAAGACACACUUCAGGAGGCCUGGGAGAACAGUCUCUUGUGUCAAGUGAGAACACCACUUCAACCGGUUGUAGUAACAAAGCAGUUAAAAAGGAUGGCAGACAGAACACAACGCUUGUGAGGAGACCGAAGAGGAAGGAAUAUAAAGAUGAGUCUGGGAUGGAUACACACUCCUCUCACAGAGUGCGCAGGGCAACCACAUCCAGAGCUGAGAGGAUCUGGCCAGGGGGGGUGAUCCCCUAUGUGAUCGGAGGAAAUUUCACUGGAACCCAAAGAGCUAUCUUUAAGCAAGCAAUGAGGCACUGGGAGAAGCACACUUGUGUAACAUUUGUGGAGAGAACUGAUGAAGAGAGUUUCAUUGUGUUCACGUACAGAACGUGUGGAUGUUGCUCAUAUGUCGGUCGCAGAGGAGGGGGCCCUCAGGCUAUAUCCAUUGGAAAGAACUGUGACAAGUUUGGUAUUGUGGCUCAUGAGCUGGGUCAUGUGGUGGGUUUCUGGCAUGAGCACACACGGCCUGACAGGGACCAGCAUGUCACGAUCAUCAGAGAGAACAUACAGCAAGGUCAGGAGUACAACUUUUUAAAGAUGGAAGCUGGGGAAGUGAACUCACUGGGAGAGACCUAUGACUUUGACAGCAUCAUGCACUAUGCUAGGAACACAUUCUCCAGAGGGGUUUUCCUCGACACCAUCCUUCCCCGUCGUGAUGAUAAUGGGGUCCGGCCAACUAUUGGUCAGCGAAUUCGCCUGAGUCAGGGAGACAUCGCUCAGGCGAGGAAGUUGUACAAAUGCCCAGCUUGUGGAGAGACCUUGCAGGACUCAACAGGAAAUUUCUCAGCCCCUGGUUUUCCAAAUGGCUACCCCUCCUAUUCUCAUUGUGUCUGGAGGAUCUCAGUGACCCCAGGGGAGAAGAUUAUGUUAAACUUCACAUCAAUGGACCUAUUUAAAAGUCGCCUUUGCUGGUAUGAUUAUGUGGAGGUGCGUGAUGGCUACUGGAGGAAGGCUCCAUUACUGGGUAGAUUUUGUGGUGACAAGAUCCCUGAACCAGUAAUCUCCACGGACAGCAGGCUGUGGAUCGAGUUCCGGAGCAGCAGUAACAUCCUGGGCAAAGGCUUCUUUGUGAUUUAUGAAGCUAUUUGUGGUGGAGAAAUUCACAAAGAUGCUGGCCAGAUCCAAUCUCCCAAUUACCCAGAUGACUACAGACCUUCCAAAGAGUGCAUCUGGAAGAUAACAGUUUCUGAGGGCUUUCACAUAGGAAUCACAUUCCAAGCAUUUGAGGUUGAAUGGCAUGACACCUGUUCUUAUGACUACCUGGAGAUCCGAGACGGCCUCACUGAAUACAGCCCACUGAUCGGUCAUUUCUGUGGCUACGAGAAGCCAGAAGAUAUCAAAUCUACUUCAAAUAAAGUAUGGAUGAAGUUUGCGUCUGAUGCAACCAUCAAUAAAGCAGGCUUUGCAGCAAAUUUCUUUAAAGAGAUGGAUGAAUGUUCUCUGCCAGACAAUGGUGGGUGUGAGCAGCACUGUGAGAACACACUGGGCAGUUACAAAUGCACCUGCGAGCCUGGCUAUGAGCUGACAGCUGAUAAAAAAAGCUGUGAAGCUGCCUGUGGGGGCUUCAUCACCAAGCUCAAUGGGACCAUUACUAGCCCUGGAUGGCCCAAGGAAUAUCCUACUAACAAAAACUGCGUCUGGCAGGUGGUAGCUCCAGCCCAGUACCGGAUCUCUCUGCAGUUCGAAGUGUUUGAGCUGGAAGGCAAUGAUGUCUGUAAAUACGACUAUGUUGAGGUUCAUAGUGGGUUAGCUUCUGACUCCAAGCUGCAUGGCAAAUUCUGUGGCUCAGAGAAGCCUGAAGUAAUCACAUCAUAUGGUAACAACAUGAGACUGGAGUUCAAAUCAGACAACACAGUCUCCAAGAAAGGCUUUAAAGUUCACUACUUCUCUGACAAGGAUGAAUGCUCCAAAGACAAUGGUGGUUGCCAGCACGAAUGUAUCAACACCUUUGGAAGCUACACAUGCCAGUGCAGAAAUGGCUUCAUGCUGCAUGAAAAUGGCCACGAUUGUAAAGAAGCUGGUUGCGAGCACAAGCUGAGUGGUGCAGAAGGAACGGUGAGCAGUCCAAACUGGCCUGACAAGUACCCCAGUCGGAAAGAGUGCACCUGGGACAUCUCUACAACACCUGGUCACCGUGUGAAAGUAACCUUCAAUGAGUUUGAGAUUGAACAGCACCAAGAAUGUGCCUAUGACCACUUGGAAAUGUAUGAUGGGCCCAAUAGCAAGUCACCUAUCCUUGGCCGCUUCUGUGGCAGCAAGAAACCAGACCCUGUAGUGGCUUCUACCAACAAGAUGUUCCUCAGGUUUUACUCCGAUGCUUCUGUGCAAAGAAAAGGUUUCCAGGCAAAGCACAGCACAGAGUGUGGUGGGCUCCUAAAGGCCGAAGUACGAACUAAGGAGCUGUAUUCCCAUGCUCAGUUUGGGGACAACAACUACCCAGGUCAAGAAAACUGUGAGUGGGUGAUUGUUGCUGAAGAUGGUUAUGGGGUGGAGCUGAUAUUCCAGACAUUUGAGAUCGAGGAGGAGGCCGACUGUGGGUAUGACUACAUGGAGAUUUAUGAUGGUUACGACAGCACUGCACCCCGCCUGGGACGUUUCUGUGGCUCAGGGCCUCUGGAAGAAAUCUACUCUGCAGGGGAUUCCAUCAUGAUUCGAUUCCACACAGACGACACGAUCAACAAGAAAGGCUUUCACGCCCAAUACAUAAGUACCAAAUUUCAGGAUGCAUUACACAUGAGAAAGUAGUCUGACUGCUCCUCACAUAUAUUCUCAUCUGAAGAUUGAGACAUUUAAUUGUGGUCUUUGUCUUUUUUUUUUUUUUAAAGCUUCUGUGCACCUGGCCAAAAGCAGUGUCCAGUAUUUUCUGUAACUAAAACUAAAUCCAGCCUCAAAGGUUUGCCUCUGAAAUUAUUAGCAUGACCCUUUCUUGUUAACAUACCCAGGACCAAAAAUUUUCUUCUAAUCAUACCUGCCAGGGCAUAAACAUUGUGUUUUGCACAGCUUGCCAUGGGACUGUGUGAAGACUGGGGUUGAAUUGAGAAAAGCCUUCAUCUCUUGCAUAUUCUGUUUCUAGGUGAAAUUUCCUAAGCAUCCUGUACACAUGAGCUGUGUGAACACAUUUUCUGGAGUAGAUGAUGUGGACAGCCAUACAGUAGGAUUUUCUCAAAGGACCUUGGGAGCCACCCACUCUUCCCUACCAGCCCAAAAUACUCUGUGCAAUAAGUAAACAACCAGAUGGCUGGGACUUCAUCACUCCCUCUGUCCCAUGUAUUUAUUAUCUUGGUUAUUGUGAGUUGAAAGGUAGGCAGAGGCACAGGGGCAGUCUCUUCAGGGCUGCUAGCUACUUGGAUCAUGCUAAAGGAGAAGGGCCCCGUGUCUGAUUUGCAGUAAUUGUCAUGGUAUAUGUUGAAUGGAAGUACUUUGAUGCAGUGGCCAAGGGAAGGGUGGUGGCUGACAGGGAAGUGCUGUGGUGGGGUGCAAGGCAUGAUUGUGUAAUGAUGGCAGAGCUUAAUAACUGGAGCACUGAUAGCAUGCUCCAGUUACACCACCAGGCAAGGCAGUUCAGAGGACUGUGGCAGCAGUCCAGGCCUUAUCUUAAAUAAGGAAUCUCUCCUCCUCACUCCACCCAUGUUUGCUUUCUCAGCGUUCUUUACACUGCUUCCUUUCCUUAGUACCACUGCCCUUCCUUCUCACAGAUGAGCUGCUCUGGGCACCCCACUGCAACCUAGGAGUGCUCUGCAGCAUCAGCUAGCCAGAGGAUCUCACCAAAGGAAAUGCUGGGCCAGAGAUAGUCAGGGUGUCCCUGAGAUAGAGGGACAGAGGCCAUGCUACAGGGCAGCUCUGGUCUGCAGUUCAGUUUGUAGCAGGAAAAGAAACUCAUCUUAAAAGGAGUGCUAACCCUGGCAUCAGGCAGUCUUCUGUUAAUGCAUGCAGGAAUUUCUCGGGAAGAAGAGUGAAAUGGAGACAAUGCCAUCUUCCUCACCGUUUUACAACACAACUGUAAAUUCAACUUCUGGACAUCCAUCUGGAAGCACAACUGUCCAGGCAGAUUGUUCUUCUGGGUUAUAUGAGCCCUGGGUGGUUGGAGUAGCUGCAGGGAUACCCAGCAUUCUGGCCUUGGUCCUUGCAGUCAUCUUGGUGGUCGUCUGUGUUCUCCAGUGGAAGAACUACAGCUGGAAUCAGACAAAUCAACAUCCCGAUGGGCAGGAAGAACAUGAAUAUGAAUCAUCCCCUCCCAGACCUCCAAAUGACUUUUAUAUGACCAUGAUGCAAGGGGCAACAAAUAUCUAUAUAAAUGAAGAUCAAGACAAACACCACAAAUCGGACAUCCAGAACCAACCAAAGCCCAUGAGGACAAAAAAGCCCAGAAGAGAGCCACCUGUUGUGGAAUCCAUUUAUGAAAACCAUCCUCCAUAUCACUAAAAUAAAAGAACCAAAUAGUGUCUGGGGCUAGAAGUAACAGACACAAUCCUUUUCCUGGACACCUGGGCUCACACAGUUGCAGUUUAUGAACAAAAGAGUUUUCUCUUUGUGCAUACAUGAAAUUUUGUGGAGAACAAGACAAAGAGACUUUGGAUGAGGAAAGAACUUGUUUGGAAUUAUGUCUCUGAUAUGUGGAAGCAAAAUCAGAUUCCCCUGGACUACACAAGCUCUCUGGGAGAGAUGAUUUUGCUGUCCCCUAUAUUAAUUCAUUUUAAUAAAGAACAUCU